AGCAUGCGCAGUGGGCGCCCUUGCUCUUGACAGCGGGUGCCCAUCGCCCAAGAUGGCGGCUUGGGUGUCUCUGGAGCACGAGAACCAGGUCUUCCUGGAGCUCUUCGGCCAAGACGGGCUGGUCGUCUGCGCCAGAGGCCUCGGCAUCGACCGCCUCCUCCUCCGCUUCCUGAGGCUUUAUUGCGACCCAGCCAGGCUGGUCCUGGUCCUCAACACCAGCCCUGCAGAGGAGGAGUUUUUUAUUGACCAGCUAAGGAUCGAUAACGUAGUUCAUCUUCCUCGCCGUGUCACAAACGAAAUUGCAAGCAAAGCUCGCUACGAAGUUUACACUCAAGGAGGAGUCGUCUUUGCAACCAGCCGAAUUCUGGUGGUGGAUUUUCUGACGGAUAGAAUACCUUCAGAUCUUAUCACUGGCAUUUUGGUGUACAAAGCCCAUCGAAUCAUUGAAUCUUGCCAAGAAGCUUUUAUCUUACGACUGUAUCGCCAGAAGAACAAGCAGGGCUUCGUCAAAGCCUUCACGGAUAAUGCUGUUGCUUUUAAUACUGGCUUUUGUCACGUGGAAAGAGUGAUGAGAAAUCUCUUUGUGAGGAAACUUUACCUCUGGCCAAGAUUUCAUGCUGUGGUGCACUCCUUUUUAGAGCAGCACAAGCCUGAAGUGGUUGAGAUGCAUGUCACCAUGACCCCAGCCAUGCGUGCCAUCCAGAGUUCCAUACUGGACAUCCUGAAUGCAUGUGUACGGGAACUGAAGCACUGUAACCCUGCUCUGGAAGCAGAGGAUUUAUCACUAGAAAAUGCUAUUGGCAAGGCAUUUGACAAGACAAUUCGCCACUAUUUAGAUCCACUUUGGCACCAACUUGGAACGAAAACAAAAUCUUUGGUCCAAGACUUGACCGUCCUCCGUACUUUGCUGUGGUAUUUGACUCAGUACGAUUGCGUCACUUUCCUUAACCUUCUAGAGUCCUUACGAGCGUCUGAAAAAGCCUUUGGUCGCAAUUCAGGUUGGCUUUUUCUUGAUUCCAGUACAUCAAUGUUUCUAAAUGCUCGAUCCAGAGUUUAUUGUCUUACCGAUGGUAAUGGAAAUAAGAAAAGAAAAAUCUCUGAAAAAACAGAUGUAAAGGAAGAAAAUGAACAGAAAAGGGAGCUGGUCUUGGAAAGCAACCCAAAGUGGGAGGCACUCAGGAAUGUGCUGAAGGAGAUUGAAAUGGAGAACGCAAACAGUGACGCUCUGGGUGGGCCAGGGCGAGUGCUUAUCUGUGCCAGUGAUGACCGCACUUGUGCUCAGCUUAAAGAGUACAUCACAACUGGAGCUGAAGCUUUUUUAAUGAGGCUUUACAGCAAAACAUUUGGAAAGUGCAAAGAUGGACCUGAUGACUGCCUCAAGGGCAGACAAGGAGCUAAGUGCCAGGGAGACAAUCCCAGGGAACCUUGCUCCAAGGAAGCCAAAAAAGAAUCUUCUAAGUCAAGGAAGAGGAAAAUGAAGGCAGCACUCACCUUAACACAAAUGUUAAGCAAAGAGGAGCAGACAAACAUCAUGGAGGAGCAAGAAGACUCCAAUGAAUUAAAUAGCAGUGAUGAAACCAAACCUGAUGACCUCCAUCUGAAUUUGUCUUCCUCAGAUGUCUUUUAUGGGAUCUUAAAGGAACCACUAACUGUUAUUCAUCCAUUGAAUGGGGGUGGAGACCCUUAUGCCCUCACUCGCAUCUUACACGAGGUGGAACCAAGAUACAUUGUGCUGUAUGAUGCAGAGCUCACAUUUGUUCGCCAGCUGGAAAUUUACAAGGCAAGCAGACCUGGGAUGCCUUUGAGAGUUUAUUUUCUUAUCUAUGGAGGUUCGACAGAAGAACAACGCUACUUGACCACACUAAGGAAAGAGAAGGAAGCCUUUGAAAAACUUAUUCGAGAGAAGGCUAGCAUGGUUAUCCCUGAGGAAAGAGAAGGUAGAGAUGAAACUUGUUUGGAUCUGGGAAGAAAUGCUACUCCAGCUGCUAUUUCUACAGACACCCGAAAAGCAGGUGGCCAGGAACAGAAAGAAGUACAGCAAAGCAUUGUUGUGGACAUGCGUGAAUUUCGCAGUGAGCUUCCAUCUUUGAUCCACCGUCGUGGCAUUGAUAUAGAACCUGUGACCUUGGAAGUGGGCGACUACAUUCUCACACCUGACAUUUGUGUGGAACGGAAAAGUAUCAGUGAUCUAAUUGGCUCCCUGAAUAAUGGAAGGCUGUAUUCUCAGUGCAUCUCCAUGUCUCGGUAUUAUAAGCGGCCUGUCCUUCUCAUAGAGUUUGACCCCAGUAAAUCCUUUUCUCUCACUCCUCGGGCUUCUCUGUAUCAGGAGAUAUCUAAUAAUGACAUUACUUCCAAACUCACUCUGCUUACCCUUCAUUUCCCCCGGCUUCGUCUCCUUUGGUGUCCCUCUCCUUAUGCCACUGCUGAAUUAUUUGAGGAACUGAAGCAAAACCGACCCCAACCUGAUGCAGCAACAGCCAUAGCUAUCACUGCAGAUUCAGAAAACCUCCCUGAAUUGGACAAAUACAACUCAGGCCCCCAAGACUUCCUUCUGAAACUUCCCGGUGUGAGUACCAAAAACUGCCUGGCCAUAAUGAAUCAUGUUAAGAGUAUUGCAGAACUCAUAACUUUUUCUCAAGACAAGCUGGCUGAACUCCUGGGCAAUACUGCCAGUGCCAAGCAGCUUUAUGAAUUCAUCCACUUGCCCUUUACAGAAGCAGUUUCUCAAGGAAAAAUAAAGAGGUGACGAAUUGCUUUAAGCCCUUGAGGGUUUAUCAUAUUGCUAUCAUGUCUAAAGAUUGAUGUACACAUCCAGAAAAAACUAUGUGCAAUGAUUGUCUUAGUACUGUUCCACUUUGGAAGGCAUAUGAUGGUGUUAACAUGUUUUAAUACUUUCUCUACUAGAAGCUCCCUGCCUUUUGAAAGCUGAAACAUAGGGAAGAAUAGCCUUCUCCUUGGUCUGCUGGAUUGUAGCACCCAAGGGUUUGUUUUUAAAGUGAUGGGGUGGGGAUGGGUUGGCCAUUUGAAUUUUCUCUUUCACUGUAUUCUCUUUUAGGGAAUGAAAAUUGGUUCUGACUUUUAACUUGCUCUGGAAGUAUUUUUGUAGAAGGGGAGGAUUAUGCUAGAGCCUUAAAUUAUUUAUCCUAUGAUUAUUUUGUGGGUUAGACAUACUUUAUGAAUCCAUUCAUUGCUUGUACUGAUUUUUUGCCAAUAUUUUAUUUAACGCAAGGGAAGAUCUCCUUUUUUCCCCUUCUCAAUUUAACUUGGGACUUACAUAACACAAAUGCUGCAAUAAAUCUUAAAUUAACAACUGCAUAUAACAGUCUAAGUUUGCCUG